UUAGGGUCAGUUCCUGAGGGGAAUCUAGAACUUUGGCCUCAUUAAAAUCAUAAAUGAUUAGCUCAGAGGAGACCAAACUAACUGAAGUUUGCAUAAACAUGUCAGAAGUGCCAUCUGACAGGGAAAACAGAUGCGUGAAGUGCAAUUUCAAUUGUUAAAAUUAGCACUGUCUACAAGACUUGAUGUUUACGACUUUUGAGACUGUAAUGCCCUGUGGGACACCCUGGUCUUCUCAUAAAUGUCCAAGUCCACAAUACCCAGAAGAACAGUUGAACUUUGUCCUGAAGGGAAUCCUUGGGUGCUAUUAGGGGAAUUUUAGUUCUGCUCUCCUUCCUUUUCUGGCAAAAACUCACUGCGUAUAACUGGCUGACUCUUGGAUCCAAAACAAAUUUAUAUAAACAUUUAUCUGAUUUUUGCAAAUGAAGCCUCCAAAAUGAAUCAGUGUACAAAGAAUUGCUGUGUAUGCUAUCAUCAUUCCACUGCUAUCAUACGUUUUUAUGCUUGGAAAGCCUAAUUCUUUAAAAGGAUCUCUGCAAUUUUGUACAAGAUAUGGGACCAUCCAACAAAGACAUGGAUACUGAAAAUGCAACCCUGCUGACAGAGAUUGUUCUCACAGGACUUAUAUAUCAACCAGAGUGGCAAAUUCCUCUGUUUCUCUUGUUCUUGGUGAUAUAUCUCAUCACCGUUGUGGGGAACAUUGGUCUGGUUACUCUCAUUUGGAAUGACUCUCGACUUCACAUCCCCAUGUACUUGUUCCUUGGUUGUUUAGCAUUUGUGGAUACGUCACUCUCAUCCACAGUGACCCCCAAAAUUCUGAUCAGUUUCUUUGCCAAGAGUAAGAUGAUAUCUUUUUCUGAAUGCUUGACACAACUUUUUUCCUUUUUAGUCACAGCAACCACAGAAUGUUUUCUCUUGGCAAGUAUGGCAUAUGAUCGUUAUGUGGCCAUAUGUAACCCUUUACUUUAUCCAAUGGUUAUGACCAAUAGACGAUGUAUCCGGCUGUUAGUCUUAUCAUUUCUAGGUGGUCUUCUUCAUGCUGUAAUUCAUAUAGGGUUUUUAUUCAGAUUAACCUUCUCCAGUUAUAGCAUAAUACACCACUUUUACUGUGACAUCAUGCCACUGUUUAAGAUUUCUUGUAAUGACUCUUCUUUUAAUGUCCUCAUGAUUUUUAUUUUUUCUGGUUCAAUUCAGGUAUUCACCAUUCUGAUUCUUCUUGUCUCUUACACACUAGUGCUUUUUACAAUCUUAAAAAAGAAGUCUGUACAAGGUAUAAAGAAAGCCUUCUCUACCUGUGGAGCUCAUCUCUUAUCUGUCUCUUUAUACUAUGGCCCCCUUCUCUUCAUGUAUGUACGGCCUGGAUCUACACAAUCAGAUGAUCAAGAUAUGGUGGACUCUCUAUUUUACACGGUCAUAAUUCCUUUGUUAAAUCCAUUUAUCUAUAGCCUGAGAAAUAAGAAAGUCACAGAUUCACUGACAAAAAUGUUAAAGAGAAAUGCAUAGUGGUCAGGGUAGUAUCUGUUCUCACUACUUAAAGCAGUCACAAAAUUGCACAGAUUUGAUGUUGCUAUGUGUUGCUUAAUGUUCAGAGAUUUUUCCGUUACAAUUUUCCUAAUAUUUUAAUGACUUAACAUGUUAGUACCUAAUACCCUCUGAAAUAUUUGCAUAUGUUACUAAAGAACAUACAAGGAUUUUUAAUCAAGCAUUCAUAUCAAACUAAAAUAGAGCAGAAAACAGAAGGAAAACACCUUACAUGAUUGUAUUCUUCAGUGUGGUUUUAUAAACGCAAUUAUUAAGAGGAAAAAUAAUGCUGCAUCUCUGAAAAGUACAUGAGUAUGAUACGUUUGAUAAAAUAAAACUGUAAACCUAAAGACUCAUAUCACAUUGAAUCCCAUGGUGGAUGCAGGUUUGUGUUUGAUCAGAUGCAGAUCCCAGGAAUUCUGCUAGCUGUCGGUUCUUUCAUUCCACUGUAUUUGGGACAUGGUGAGUGACUUUCACUUCUUGUGGGGAUUCACUCCUCACGUUACACGGAGAGAUUCAAGGAAUGGGAAAGCAAUGAGGAAAACUUGAGAAGGGAGUUAAGACAGUACGGCGAUGCCAAAGUGUAGGUGAUGCUCUCCACUCUGUGCGCUUCUUUGAGGAGCUAGAAGUGGGUUACCCCUCACAGUCUGUGAUGCCUUACAAGCUCCUUUCUAGCUGUUUGUAUGUUGUGUAAUCUGAAAGGAUUCACUAAUUCAGAAAGCUAAGUGGUUAAAAUGGAGAACUAAUGAUGGGCAUUGAGAAGAUGAGGCAAGAGUAAAAUAGAAAGUAAGUGCUCUCAAUCUUCCUCAAGUUAAAAGAAAAUGAAGCUAGUAAGAUAAAGAAAUCAAUAUGUAUGGAUGAAUGGAAUGUUUUGUUGACAAUUAAGUGCUUUAAGUGCAUAUUACCAGCUGUGAAAUAGUGUUCAGGUGAUGUGAUGUCAUAAUGUCCAGUGGGUGGCUGGGAAAGACACAGAAAAGAGGAAGCAUUUGGUUGCUGUGCUCUGAUAGUCUUUCAAAGUUGGCUUUCCUCACAUUUCACACUAUAUAAGUAAAAUAAGUAACCUAUUUUCAGGUCCAUCUCUGCCCUACCUUUCUCAACACUGAAAUGUCAUACAUAUUCCUACAGAGAGCACUCAGGCCCUCCCCUCAAAACUGCCUGACUGUGUUCUGUAAAACUCUAGUUACUUAUACCUUCCAUCCUUCUGAUAUUCUCUUACUUUCCAAACACAUAUGUUAGAUUAUUCUUCAUAAGCAGGACUCUAUUUCAGUAACUGUUAAU